CCUCUCUCUCUCUCUGUGUCUCUGUGUGUGUGUGUGUGUGUUUUGUCUGUGACCAACCAAAUCAUCAUCACAACAAACACACCACCGUUUUCGUUCUGGAAUCUGCUUUUUGUUGGCCAAACCCCUCCCUUCUCCCUUCUCCCUUCUCCAACUACCCCCACCAUCCAAGGUUGGCUUUCGUCUCCCUGUUCCCAGUCCACACCCUACACCGCACGAUCGAUCCCCCUAUCGACCCAUCAAGAGAGAAGAGAGCCUCCCCUGGCGGUUCUCUUAAAGUCCUCUCCUUUUUUUUAUCUGGGUUUUUUCUCCCACUUCGAGUUUGGGGUGCGAGCACUCUCGCUUUCUUGGCUUGCUGUUGGCGGCUGUCGAUUUGCUUUUGCUGGAGAAAUGAGAGUGGAGGGUGGUGGUGAUAACAGGAGGCAUGCGGACCCUUUGUGACGCUUGCGAGAGCGCCGCCGCCGUCGUCUUCUGCGCCGCCGACGAGGCGGCUCUUUGCAGUGCCUGCGACGAAAAGGUGCACAUGUGUAAUAAGCUAGCUAGUCGGCAUAUCAGGGUUGGCCUUGCGAGUCCCAGCGACGUUCCUCGCUGUGACAUAUGUGAAAAUGCACCUGCUUUCUUUUAUUGCGAGGUAGAUGGAACCUCGCUUUGUCUGCAAUGCGAUAUGAUUGUUCAUGUCGGAGGCAAAAGAACGCAUGGAAGAUACCUUCUACUAAGGCAGAGAGUUGAGUUUCCCGGGCAUAAAUCUGCACACAGCGACGACCAGGCUUUGCCAUUGGUGGAUCAAAACGAGAAAAGAGUGCAAAAUCAGGGCCCUAUAGUUAUAUCUGGGGAGAAUCAUCAAAACCAUAGACCAUCCAGUGUUAAGGUGCCUGAUGCUGAUGCUGAUGGGCACACCAAGAUGGAUUCAAAAAUGAUCGAUCUGAAUAUGAAGCCCCAUAGAAUGCAUGACCAAGCUUCCUAUAAUGAGCAAUGACAAUAACCAUAACCCUGGCGAAGCGGGUUCGGUGGAAACUCGAACUAUGAUGCGAGAAGUGCGGUCGACAACCCGUCUUUUUUACAUGGCUCCUCUCUGUGCCUGAUUUUCAUCUUCUCCUUCACCCUUCUCUUGGUGAGAGUUCUUGGAGACACGUGAAUCAUGUGUUUUUUCUGGCCUAGUGUCAUGGUCUCAGCUUGUCUUUGUCCAGACCAGAAGGUCAAUUGUUUCCUCUUUUUGGGCAAACCAAGGGACAUCAAGUCACUGCGGGUAAGUGCUUGUAACUAGAAGAUUUACCCGUGCCAUGCACGGUUGCAACAAUCUAAAUAUAAGUAAAGUCAUAUUUACUGUUUCCAUC